AUGAUUGCAAACAGAAAGUACUGCCCAUCAUGUAAAUUAGAACUUCAUAUCUUAGCAUCAAUAGAAGGUAGAAAGAUAACCACUGAAGUCAUAAGAAUCACAAGCACUUCUUUCGAAUAUAGUCUGUUGUGGGUUCUUAUACCUCAUUUUCCUUGUGUAUCAUUUACGACUUUUUGUGCGUACAGUAAGGUGGCAAAAGCAGUUGCGAGGAUCAUAGCUCUUGCGCUUAACCUAGAAAUUGACUAUUUUGAUCGACAAGAAAUGCUUGGGAAGCCUAUUGCAACAUUGUGCCUGCUACAUUAUGAAGGUAGAAUUUCUGAUCCUGUUAAGGGAAUAUUCGGAGCAGGUGCACACUCUGAUUUUGGUUUUAUAACGCUCUUGGCAACAGAUGACAACUAUGGGCUCCAAAUAUGCAAGGAUAAGGAUGCUAAACCUCAACAAUGGGAAUUUGUAGCACCAUUAAAAGGUGAAUUUAUAGUGAAAUUAGUGAAUCUUGCUGACAUGCUGGAGCGCUGGAGCAACUGCACUUUCAGGUCCACCUGGCAUCGAGUGUUGGGUAACGGUCAGGAGAGAUAUUCGAUUGCAUACUUUGUUGAUCCCAGUCAUGGUUGUCUUGUUGAAUGCUUGCCCACCUGCCAGUCACAAGAGAACCCUCCCAAGUUUCCACCAAUCAAGUUUGAAACUUACAUGCUCCAGCGAUACAAGGAUAUGCAUGCUGAUCUCAAUUCAUACAACAAAUGAUACACGGAUACCCAUGCCGAUCUCAACUCAUACAACAAAUGAUCCACCAAAAUCGGUCAUCACGAAUGCUGGAAGUUCCCCUUUGUUGUAUAAUACUCUGAGGUUCUCUCCUUCCUGCCACAAUAUAUGUACAAACUGGUUCUCCUUGUUGAAUAGUGGGAAAAUGAGUUCACUGGAUUGUUCAAUCUCUCUCUCUCUCUCUCUCUCUCUCUCUCUCUCUCUCUCAAAUGUACAACCAU